AUGGCGCACCAGGCAGACGCCAAACGCGCUCUGGAUGAGCGAGGAUAUCAAGGAACACUCAUCCGGGGCGACAAUCCUCUCAAGCUCUUCGAAAAGCCGGUACGCGACCGCAUCGUCGACUCCUACUACUGGAAAGAGCAGUGCUUCGGUCUCAAUGCUGCCACGAUUCUUGAUCGCGCCGUCGAGCUCGCUUUCAUCGGUGGUACCUACGGCGGCGCGCAAAAGCCAACGCCAUUUCUGUGUUUGGCGUUCAAGCUGUUGCAGCUGACACCCGAACGCGAAAUCAUCAUGUACUACUUGGAGCAAGCUGGCGACGAAUUCAAGUAUCUGCGCGCGUUGGCGGCCUUCUACAUUCGACUCGCGUGGGAGAAGGAUGAGGAGGUCUACACCACUCUUGAGCCGUAUCUCGCUGACUUCAGGAAGCUCAAGAGAAGGACAAGAGAGGGAUGGGCGUUGACACAUAUGGACGAGUUCAUUGACGACCUGCUGGUGAAGAACAGGGUCUGCGCGACCACAUUGCCGAAAAUCAAUCCGAGAACUUUCUUGGAGGAUGAAGACCGACUUGAGCCGCGAGCAAGUGCGCUUGGAGAGGAGUUGGAAGAGUUGGACCGUGACGAGGAGGAGGAUGGAGUCGAGAGUGAAGGAGAAGUCGAGGAAGUUGCGAUGAAUGGCAACGGACGCCGACAUUCAGACGACUCCAGAUCUCCAAGCGACGAAGACAUGAGCGAUGCCGAUUGA